AUGGGGCGGCCCCCAUCUGGUGCAGUCCUGACCUGGAUGUUCUUGUUUUUGCUAUUGGAAGCCUGGGCAGGAUAUCUGAGGGCCCAGGAGUCCAAGGUGCUGCAGGGCCAGGAGUGUGAGCCCCACUCACAGCCGUGGCAGGUGGGCUUGUUCCAGGGCGUCCGGUUACUCUGUGGAGGUGUCCUCAUCGCCGACAACUGGGUCAUCACAGCUGCCCAUUGUAAAAAACCGAAGUACACAGUUCGCCUGGGAGAACACAGUCUGCAGAGUAAGGAAGGACAGGAGCAAGAACUGGCCGUGGCCCAGUCCAUCCCCCACCCCUGUUACAACAGCAGCAGUGAGAACCACGACCACGACCUGAUGCUCAUUCGACUACGAGGUCGGGCCUCCACGGGAUCCAAAGUGAAGCCCAUCCCGCUGGCCCACCGAUGCCCCCAGGAUGGCGAGCAGUGCACCAUCUCCGGCUGGGGAACAGUGACCAGCCCUCGAGAGAAUUUUCCUGACACCCUCAACUGUGCUGAAGUAAACAUCUUUCCUCGGGAGAAGUGCAAGGAAGCCUACCCGGGAAAGAUCACAGAGGGGAUGGUCUGCGCAGGUGACAAAGGUGGAGCUGACACGUGCCAGGGUGAUUCUGGGGGCCCUCUGGUGUGUGGUGGCGUUCUCCAGGGCAUCACGUCCUGGGGUUCAGACCCCUGCGGGCAGCCUGAGAGACCUGGAGUUUAUACCAAUCUCUGCCGCUACCUGGACUGGAUCAAGAAGACUGCAGGCAUCAGGGAUUGA